AUGGGAAAGAAGAAGGUUCUUGUCUGCUAUGGCGUUGAUAUCGAUGCCGUCGCUGGUUGGCUCGGCUCUUACGGUGGCGAGGAUAGUACCAGUGACAUCAGUCGAGGUAUCUGGGCUGGGACUAUCGGUACGCGUCGAGUUCUAAAGCUUUUUGAAAAGUACAACAUCAAAGCGUCUUGGUUCAUCCCCGGUCAUUCGCUGGAAACGUUCCCAGAGGAGUGUGCCAUGGUGCGUGAUGCAGGUCACGAAAUCGGUCUGCAUGGCUACAGCCACGAGAACCCCGUCGACAUGACAUUUGAGCAGCAACGUGAUGUUCUGGAUAAGACAUGGAAGAUGCUCACGGAGUUCUGUGGCGGUAAGCCCCCCAAGGGCAGUGUUGCGCCUUGGUGGGAGACUAGUGAAGAAGGAACUGAGCUGCUCCUGAGCUAUGGUAUCGAGUACGAUCACUCAAUGUCGCAUCAUGACUGCCAAGCGUACUGGUUGAGAACAGGGGACAGUUGGACCAAGAUUGACUACACCCAAAAAGCCGACACAUGGAUGAAGCCCUUAGUGAAGGGAAAGGAUACCGGCCUCGUUGAGAUACCAGGCUCUUGGUAUAUCGACGAUCUUCCUCCAAUGAUGUUUAUGAAGAAUUCGGCCAAUUCUCACGGCUGGGUGAACCCAAGGGAUGUUGAAGACAUUUGGCGGGACCAUUUCGACUACUUUUACAGGGAGUAUGACGAGUUCAUUUUCCCCAUGACCAUCCACCCGGAUGUUUCGGGCCGGCCCCACGUUCUCCUGAUGCAUGAGCGCAUCAUUGAGCACAUUAAUAAACACGAAGGCGUCGAGUGGGUGACGAUGGGAGAGAUGAGUGACUAUUUCAAGUCUAAGAACCCGGCUCCAGAAGGAGGUUUGAUGCCUGCCAGCCGUGAAGAAGUCAUGAAAAAGUACGAAGAUUGGAAGAAGACACAAUCGCCGACAGUUGAUAAGUAA